AUGCUCGGCCCACGCCAAAAAACGCUGGUGGUCAUCUCGGAAGACGACGAGACUGCAUUUGUCAGUGUCCCGAUGGACUGGAAGGUGCCGCUGCUUACGUGCAGCGACGUGCCAGCGCUGGCCAUGGCAACGUGCUGCCCAGUCGUGUCAUUGGCCAAGGUGCUCUCGCUGCUAAGUCUCGCGCCGUUUGGCAGUGUACUCGUGCUCGGUGCCUUCUACGUGGUUUCUUUGCUUGGUGCACUCGCCAAUGUGAUCUGGCACGAUGCGUCCCCAAGCUCGGUUCUUUUUAUGGCGUUGUUAAGUCUUGUACCGACCGUCGUGCUCUUCAACCUCCGUGUGUAUCUCCGCGAGCUAUUGAGUUUACCAAGCGCCGAGUGGAGUGAUGCCGGCGCUGCUCUCUGCUGCGCACCCUGCCUUUUGGCUCAGGCUUCCACGCAAGUCGGCGUCAGUCCGUGCGACUGCAGCGACAACGCGACCCUUGUCGCGUUCCCCGUCGUGUAGUCUGUAAACUCUCGUUUGUUCUAAUCCAAC